GUUCCUUGGAGCCUUUCCUGAUCCUCCUUGGGGUCCCUAGCCUCAGAGACCACUCUUUUCAGUUGAGCACCUCCUCACUGCCGAAGGAGACACCUAGAGGAUCCUACCAUCAUGCUUUCUGCGCAUGGACUCUCCAUCCCCCUGUCGGCCACGGAGCUGCUCCUGGCUGCCACUAUCUUCUGCAUAGUUUUCUGGGCGGUCAGAGCCUCAAGGACAAAGGUCCCCAAGGGUCUGAAGAGUCCCCCGGGGCCCUGGGCGUGGCCGGUGCUUGGACACAUGCUGACCCUGGGGAAGAGCCCGAACGUGGCGCUGGCGAGGCUGAGCCGCAAGUACGGGGACGUGAUGCAGAUCCGCCUGGGCUCCACGCCCGUGGUGGUGCUGAGCGGCCUGGACACCAUCCGGCAGGCCCUGGUGCGGCAGGGGGACGACUUCAAGGGGCGCCCCGACCUCUACAGCUUCACCCUGAUCUCCAAUGGCCAGAGCAUGACCUUCCACCCGGACUCGGGGCCCGAGUGGGCGGCCCGCCGGCGCCUGGCGCAGAACGCGCUGAAGAGCUUCUCCACCGCCUCGGACCCGGGCUCGGCCGCCUCCUGCUACCUGGAGCAGCACGUGAGCCAGGAGGCGGAAUACCUAAUCAGCAAAUUCCGGGAGCUGAUGGCAGAGGUCGGGCACUUCGAUGCCUACAGGUAUGUGGUGGUGUCUGUGGCCAACGUCAUCUGUGCCAUCUGCUUUGGCCGACGCUAUGACCAUGACGACCGAGAGCUGCUUAGCAUCGUGGAUCUGAACAAUGAGUUUGGCGAGGUUACUGCCUCCGGAUACCCGGGUGACUUCUUCCCGGUCCUCCGUUACCUGCCUAACGCCGCCCUGGACGCCUUCAAGGACUUAAAUAACAGGUUCUACGCCUUCAUGCAGAAGAUGGUCAAGGAGCACUACAGAACAUUUGAGAAGGGUCACAUCCGGGACAUCACAGACAGCCUCAUUGAGCACUGUCAGGACAAGAGGCUGGAUGAGAAUGCCAACGUUCAGCUGUCAGAUGACAAGAUCCUUACCAUCGUUUCGGACCUCUUUGGAGCUGGGUUUGACACUGUCACAACUGCCAUCUCUUGGAGCCUCAUGUAUCUGGUGACGAACCCUGGGGUACAGAGCAAGAUCCAGAAGGAGCUGGACACAGUGGUUGGCAGAGAGCGUCAGCCCCGACUUUCUGAUAGACCUCAGCUGCCCUACCUGGAAGCCUUCAUCCUGGAGACCUUCCGACAUUCGUCCUUUGUCCCCUUCACCAUUCCCCACAGCACCACAAGAGACACAAAUCUGAGAGGCUUUUAUAUCCCCAAAGGGCGUUGUGUCUUUGUAAACCAAUGGCAGAUAAACCAUGACCAGGAGCUGUGGGGUGACCCAUGUAAGUUCCGGCCUGAGCGUUUUCUCACACCCACUGGCUCUCUGGACAAGGCCCUCAGUGAGAAGGUCAUCAUCUUUGGCUUGGGCAAGCGGAAGUGCAUCGGGGAAACCAUCGGCCGCUUGGAGGUCUUUCUCUUCCUGGCCAUCUUGCUGCAGCAGGUGGAAUUUAGUGUGUUACCAGGCAAGAAGGUGGACAUGACCCCCAUCUAUGGGCUGACUGUAAAGCAUAACCGCUGUGAGCAUUUCCAAGUGCACAUGCGUUCUUCUGUGUCUCAGCACCCCAAGGUUCUGUCUGGCCACCACUAGACCAGGGGACCUGUUCCUAGGGUCUAACUUCAGCUGGACGCUCAGAUUUUGUGGAAUCAUGCCUCCUACCCUGGACUUGCUUCUCCACAUGUGGAACACAAACACUGGACACAGCAGAGGCCCAUGGAAGCCCACAGAACUUUCCUAAGCUGAGUGAGAGCUAGGAAGCCCUCAUGAGGCUAGGAGGUCUUUCGAUCUCUGAGUGCCUCGAGGAGUUAUCAGGGAGUCCCCAGGCUCAUUGCCUGGCUAGUUAGAAACACUUAAAUCAGGCUAUGCCAGGAUCUGGGCCUCUUUGACAACUGGGAACUUCCUCGGGUUGAAGAUAGCCUAGGAGACUGUCACAGAAGUGGUCUUGUCACUUGCACAAGGCUGAGUAACCUGCCUAUAGGGGCCUGGGACACUGCCUGGGUGGGUGGGGAUCACCUGUGUCUACCCUAGGCAGGAAUUAACAGGA